UCUGCCAAAGAACAAAUCAUUUUGGAGAAACUAAAGGAGACUGAGAAAUCCUUCGACAACUUACAAAAGAGUUUCUCACACCAGGAUGGUGAUGCAGUAAAUUACAUUUACUCCCAGAUCCCUGAACUCCCAACCCUCUAUUCACGAACAGCAGAGCCAGUUCCUGGGCGGGACGGAGCAAGCAGAGUAGCUGCUUUGUGCACCAUGGAAAUUAAUGUGGAGAAAGACAAACAGACAGGAGAGACCAAGAUUGUCUCUGCUUCACCUGUUGGCCUAGAUGAGGCCCAUCAAAGAGGAUUCAAAGUCUAUGAUGAUGGUACCAAGGUAGUCUAUGAGGUUCACUCUGGUGGCACAGUGGUAGAGAAUGGAGUACAUAAAUUAAUCUCAAAGGACGUAGAUGAACUUAUGCAAAAAGCUGGACAAUCAAGUGUAAAAGGAGGGUAUGAAACAAUGACGGUGUCAGACAGAAAUGCAGUAGCUGAUGGAAACCUUAGCCAUAUGAAGGAGCAAAUACUCUUCAAGGAGGCAAAGCUGGAAAUGGUACACAAACCCAACAAAGGGCAUGCUGUGAACCCUCGGCCCCAAGACAAACCUUGCCGUGGCGAAGGCCCAGAGGCCAGCGCAGAUCAGCCAGUGACAAUGAUAUUUAUGGGCUACCAGAACAUCGAUGACGAAGAGGAGACGAAGAAAGUGCUGGGCUACGAUGAGACCAUCAAGGCGGAGCUGGUCCUCAUCGAUGAAGACGACGAGAAGUCAUUGCGGGAGAAGACAGUGACGGACGUCUCCACCAUGGACGGAAAUGCCGCUGAGCUGGUCUCUGGCAGGCCCCUGUCAGACACAACAGAGCCCUCCUCUCCCGAGGGGAAGGAAGAGAGCCUGCCCUUGGAAGCCGCCCCAGGUACACAAAAGAAAAAGCGCUGUCACUGCUGUAUUGUCAUGUGA